AUGCCUUCCCCCGUCGAAGCCGGCCACGAGCUCCUCAUCGAUCUCUUCGAUGGCGAAGCCCUGGGAACACCCAUCACCGUCAAGUGGCAGCAGAACUUUGUAGACCGCCAGGCCUCCUACUACCGCCUCGAUGUCUACAACGACACCACCCACGAGACGCAAAGUGGCCAUGAGAAAAUGACGAGUUUGAGUAACCGCCGCAAGGAAGAUGGCGUCAUCGUCGAGCUCUCUAACCACGAGAUGUUCAAAGAGUUCGGCACGCCGAAGGGUAUGGAUGGGUUCGCAAAGCCAGCUCAUCAGUGGGCUUCUGGCUUUGAGCGCAGCCUCGAGGCCAACAUGGCGGCACUUGCGAGCAGUCUCCAGACGAAGCUCAUCCUGCCGGCGGGCAAUGUGUUCGAGUUCAAAUCGCUGAACACAGACUCAGACGGUCAUGUGUACUCGCUGAUUACGUACAAGAAUCAAAAGGUUUCGCAGACGAAGACCUGA